AUGGAGCAUAUUCCUUAUGCAUCAGUUGUCGGAAGUUUAAUGUAUGCUCAGACAUGUGCUAGGACAGACAUUAGUUUUGCGGUCGGUUUGCUGGGUAGAUAUCAAAGUAACCCUGGAAUGGAUCAUUGGCAAGCUGCAAAGAAAGUGUUAAGAUAUUUACAAGGGACGAAAGAUCAUAUGCUUACCUAUAAGAGAUCCGAUUACCUUGAGGUAGUUGGAUAUUCAGAUUCAGAUUUCGCUGGUUGUUUUGACACCAGGAAAUCCACUUUUGGCUACGUAUUUAUGUUAGCUGGAGGAGCAGUUUCAUGGAAAAGUGCGAAGUAG